UAUGACACCGUCUUCUUUAGCCAAUCAAAAUGUCACCGCCAUUCACCUACGUCCUCUUCUUCAACAAAAAAAACCCCGAUGUUACAUUCUUCCACUUUCUCUGAUACCACAUGACUCCUCUGCUGCUUCUCGAGGGGUCGUCGUCUCCGGCGGAACUGGAAUUCCAGUCCUCCUCCGGUUAGGUGGGCGUCUUCGUCUCCCAAGAACCGACAGAGCGAAGAUGAUGCUCUGCUUCAAAGACCGACUACAAGUCGAAGACUACACCAUCUUCAUGGGUCUUACAAAUUCGAGAAGGAUGCGGUUUUGUGCUCCGUUUUUAUUGUUCCAUUUCUUCCAUGGCCGAUGCUUCUUCUAAUCUCCGCCGUAUACUCUCUCAGCCGCUCCUUCUAUUCUUCAAGGCAGAUUUUGUUAUAUCUUCCAAAUGGAAAGUCUCAACAAAGUUAUUGCUUUUCUGUCUCUGUGAGAAACCUGCCUAUAAGGUAUUCGAUGAAAUGCCUGACCCAAUUAAGCUCGGACUAGCAUGUAUAUAUACAAAAACUGAGAGAGGGGUGUCUUGUGGCUAUCUGUUUGGAAUGAGAACGAAUGUUACAGUUGGAAUCAUUGAUAUGGAGUGUGAGCUGAUUGAUCCUGAUAAUCUAUCAAAUUAG